CGCUUGAAGUCUGUAUACGUGUCCUUCGUGCGCUCAGGUCACGUGUCGGGGGUGUUCCAAGAUGGAUCCUGUACUGUAUGUUGUGGCGGCUGUAAUCUUAGCAGUUUUGAUUUUCUUCAUCACUAAAGUGAGAGGGCAGGCAGAGCAAGCAGACAGGCAGCAGCAGCAGGAUGUUUCAGCUGCUGUGGCAGGGAGAGCUCGCCCCCUAGUGGCGGAGGAGCGUGGUGCAGGGAUGCCACGCAGACGCAGGAACCUUGGGAGCAGGGUGAUGGCCCAGCGGAGAGCUCAGAGAGCAGAAGAGCAAGAGGACGAGGAGGAACACGAGGUGGUCGAAGAAGAGGAGCAGUUUACAGAGUGUCAGACUGGAGCAAAGAUCGGAGCGAAGAAACAGCGCAAACUGGAGGAGAAGCAGGCCAGGAAGGCGCAGAGAGAGGCAGAGCAGGAGGAACGGGAGGAGCGGAAACGAACUGAUCAGCAGAGAGAUGAAGAAAGAAAGAGAGAGGAGGAGAGAAACCGACUGGAUGAGCAGCACAGGGAGGCAGAGGAGCGCAGAGCAAAGGAGGAGGCAGAGCGUCGGGAGCAGGAGGAGUAUUUGAGAUUGAAGGAGCAGUUCAGCGUGGAGGAAGAGGGGCUGCAGGAGGACAUGACUGAGGAGGAGUCUCACAACCUUCUGCAGGAAUUCAUCAAUCACAUCAAGGCUGCGAAGGUAGUUUUGCUGGAGGACCUGGCCUCUCAUUUUGGGCUGCGAACACAGGAUGCCAUCGACAGACUCCAGGAUCUGAUUGCUGACGGGACUCUGACAGGUGUGAUUGACGACCGGGGGAAGUUUAUCUUCAUCACUCCGGAGGAGCUGUCUGCUGUCGCUCAGUUUAUCAGACAGCGUGGCCGAGUGUCCAUCACUGAGCUAGCCCAGGCCAGCAACUCUCUCAUCAACCUGACACCUGAGACCAGCGCCGCCCCACAGGUCACAGUCUGAACUGCAGCUCGGCACAUCUCCUGUAAAGCUGCUUCAGCUUCCCUGGGUUUUUGUUGGCAGUACGUCUGUGCACACUCAUGUCACCAUUUCCCUGUGAUCUGCGGGAGUCCCUGUCAACAUGCAGAGCUCUGCUCACAGCCUCCCCAGCAACACCACUGUUAACAGAUGGGCACUAUUUUCAGUGUGAUAUUGAUGCCCCUGUUUGAUAUCAACACAAUUCCAGUUUGUGAAUUUCUCUGAUUUCCCAGGUAACAAGUUCUUACCUGUUGAUUUAAAUUAUAUAUAUAUAUAUAUAUAUAUAUAUAUAUAUAUAUAUAUAUAUAUAUAUAUAUAUAUAUAAAAUAAAUUUUGAAUAUUUUAUUUAUUUGAA